UCAUAAGAUCUUCAGGGUCGCAUUAGUUUUGACAGAGACGUUAGCAUCAGUGUCAGCAGGCGGGUCUCGUGAUGCAGACUGCCAUGAUCGGCUGAUCGAACCGCCCCGCUGUUCCCAGCUCAGCUUAAUCGAUACGCUCCUCAACGAAAACUAAUACCAAAAACGAGAGGCCAAGUUGUCCAUUUGACUGAGCUGCAGUAGUGAACGGAUGUUAACCUGGAACCGCUGAGCACGGAAUAUCAGGAGGAUCACCAGUGAAGAUGCCUCCGAUACCAGUUGUGCCAGAGAAGCACAGUCACGUACUGGCAGAGUUUGACUGCCUUGAUCCACUUCUGUCUGCUCUCCGAUUAGACUCCGGCAGGCUCAAGUGCACAUGUUUGGCAGUGUCGAGGAAGUGGCUCGCUUUAGGGACAUCAGCAGGGGGGUUGCACCUGAUUCAGAGGGAGGGUUGGAAACAAAGGCUCAUCCUCACUCACAAGGAAGGAUCUAUCACUCAGGUGGCAUGUUGCCCUCAUGAUGAGGACUUUAUUGCUGUUGCAACAAGUCAGGGUCUGGUGGUGGUGUGGGAGCUGCAGCUGGAGCGGCGGGGUCGUCCGGAGAGAGUCAGUAUGUCCUGGGAUCACCGAGGUCAGGCCAUCACUGCACUCUGCUGGGAUACCAGUGUGCUCAGGGUUUUUGCCGGGGACUCGGGAGGCAAAGUCACCUUUCUCCGUGCAGGAUCCUCCAAGCUGGGCAAGGGGUCAGCAUUCGUUAUCUUCCCUGUUCAGACUGUCACCACUGUGGACUCCAGAGUGGUUCAGCUCGGGUACCAAGAUGGCCACCUGAUGGUGUCCUCCCUGAGCCGCUGCUACCUCUGUGACACAGAGAGGGAGAAAUUCUGGCGUGUUGGAAAUAAGGAGCGUGAUGGGGAGUAUGGAGCUUGUUUUUUCCCUCAGAACAGGGGAUUAUUAGUUGGUCAGCCCCCUCUGCUGUACUGUGCCCGACCAGGGUCCCGAAUAUGGGAAGCCAAUUUUAAUGGUGACGUUUUGAGCACCCAUCAGUUCAAACAGGUGCUGGCCUGUGCUCCUCUGCCUCUCAUCACUUACAGAAAUGAGCCACAUUACAACCCAGAGCAGAAGAGCUCCCAGUCGAUUGCCUUCCCUAAACUGCUUUAUUUUGGAGACCAAAACUUGCUGACCUGGACUGAUUCAGCGAUUUAUAUCUUCACACCUCAGAAUGGACAAGUGCUUCUGUGGACUGAAGUCAAAGACUUGGUUGAUAUUGCAGUCUACCGCAACGAGCUCUUCUGUCUCCAUGGCAGUGGACGUCUGUCUCACUUUUCCCUGUUAUCUGCUGAGCGCUGUGUCGAGCGUCUGUUACGGCGGGAGUCCUGGUCUUUAGCUGCCAUAGUCUGCUGCAUGUUCCAGCAUACAAUCAUCACCAGCAGGGCCAGGAAAUCCAUUCCCAUCGACCGCCUUGAACAUCUCAGGUCCCAGCUCAGCUCCAGCACACAUCUGGAGCUGUCUGGCCAGCUGGAGGAAGUCAUCACUAAACUAGAGCCUCUGGACUCUGCAUCCAGCAGCCGGAGAAGUAGCAUCUCCUCACAUGAGAGCUUCAACAUCCUGGACUGUGGAAUCUAUCGUGUGAUCAGCCGCAGGGGGAGUCAGUCAGAUGAGGAGACGAGCUCCCUCAUCAAUCAGUCCAUGUCGGAGGAGGAGCGACUCAAAGAGUUCAGUUUUGUGCAGGAGGAAGAUCAGGUGGAUCACGAUCCACAGAGCAGUGAGCGUAUGGAGGCUGAGCGAUCUGAGCAAGGCCUGCAGUUCCACCUCCCCCUCUCAUUCCGCCCCAAACCCCCCCGCAUCGCACUGCAGGCCGUCAGAGACAGUGUUUCUAGUUUUGUUAAGAAGACAACGGAGAAGAUAAACACCCUCCAGAUGAACUCUGAGCUCCGGCAACGACCUGAAUUCAGAGACGGUGGACAGGCUGAGACUACAGCUCCAUACACAGAGGAAAUGGACACUGAGGUUUAUGAUGAAAUGCCUGACGCAGAGGCCGACAUGCGGGAACUUCGAUCAGCAACAGAGCGAGCUGUCUCCCAGAUCCAAGAUCCUCUGGUGCUACUGGAUCCGGUCAGCCUGAGAGAAACCUUGCUGGAGUGGCUGCCGGUGCUGGAGCGAAUACUUGGACCUGAAGAGCCCGGGUCAACUGCUGCGGGUGAUUCAAACGUGGUUGGACCGGGAGAGGAGGACAGGGGCGGGGAUUAUCUAAACUCCUGCUCAGAGCAACAAGAUGAGUCUUCCUGCUCAUCAGGAGAAAUGGCAGAGAGAAUUACAGAGGAGAGGAAAGAAGAAGAAGAAAAAUCUCUUGAGCUUGGAGAAAAAGAGGACCAGUGUGACUUUGUCGAGAAGGAGCCUGAGGUUUCAAAUGGGAGCCCUCCAGAGCCUAUUCGCGUGGCGUCUCCCAAAUCCAUACCGUCUGAUCUCGUGGCUGAUCUCACCCAGCUGGCAGCGCUAUACACAGAGCUGAGCUGCUUCAGAAAGCAGGAAAAUGAGCAAGUGUUGGGGUGCACAGCUUUCCUACGGCGCUACUUCUUUCUGCAGGACGAAGAGCGUGUAAGGAGAAUGUGUCUGCUGUGUCAUCAGGAGCAGCCAGAGGUGCAGAGCUCCUUCAUGGAGGCCAUGCUAGAGCUCACUCAGUCCAGUAAAGCCGUGGAGGUUAUUCAGAGAGGUGAUUUGCUGAGAUCACUGCGCAGUCUGAGAGAACUGCAGCCCUGGAGCGCACCUCCUCUCCUGGCUCAUUUACACAGGCUUUACGAGAAGCAUGGGGAGGCGGCUGUACGAUCGUUUUCUCAGUUCUAUCCUACGAUAACUCCCUCUGACGUAAUGGCCAUGGCCCAGCAAAGCCACUUCCUGGCAUACCUGGAUAAUCUGGUCCAAUCACAGACUGAGGAGCACAGGUUGUCAUUUUUGCAGUCCCUUCUUGAGCCGGAAUCACUGAGACAGGAGUGGCUCGAGCUGGCACUUACGCAUGAUGCUCCUCAACACUGUGACACCCUGACUCCUGAUGGACAGCCCAGGUGGCAUUCACACUGUUUCAGUUGGGGUUAUGGGCGCCUCCUGUCUCUCCUGAUUCGUCUUCCGGCAGACCUGUCCUCCAAGCAGAAGAUGGCAGAGACUUGCCGUGUUCACGGGUACUGGACGGGCUACCUGUACCUCUGCUGUGAGCUGCAGCAACGCACUGAAGCUCUCUCCACCAUCUGUCAGCUGGAUGACAUCAGCCUGCUGGAGGAACCUGAGGGUGUUGAGCCCCAGACCUUGGAGGAGUGGAAGCUCUUGAUCCAGUUAUCUCAGCAGCGCAGCACUGUGGGAGACUCGGAGCAUGUCACCGGUGUGAAUGGGAGCAGCUGGUCCAACGAAUCAGAAGACUGCGGUGGGAAGAUCACCCCAGAUAGCCUGACCCUGAUGCUGGCUCGGACAGUCGGGCCCGACCGCGCCAUGGCCAUCCUGGAGGAGUGUGGAGUGCAGCUGGUCCUCUCGCAGCACUCCACACUGGUCUGUGAGCUGCUGAGAGUGGCUGAGAAGAGGCAGAGAGCGAUGAUCCAGACGAUGCUGGAGCGCUGCGAUCGCUUCCUGUGGUCUCAGCAUGCCUGAUUGAACAUCACAGCUGUGUGGACAACAGCUUCUCUACAAGAUCACUAACACUGUAUGUAAAUCUAACCACUAACUGCUGUUGAAACUGUGACUUAAUUUAUGCAUUGUAAUGUUUGUCAAAACUUUCCACUUUAAGUGAAGGUACCUCUGAAUAUAGUAUAAUGAUAGUGAAAAUAAUAUUGUCUUUUAACCUCACAUUUUUUGCAUGGAUCCUUCCAUUAUUAUCGCCAAUUUUAUUAAUACUCAGAAAAGCCUACAGGAGUAUCAUUACUUUAUUGUUUUUUUAAUGAUUAAAGUUAAGUGGGGUUUUUUGCAUGUAUAUGUAGGUUAUCAUAUGGCAUAUGGCAAAAAAAGAAGUGUUCUAACCAGGUAAUAUUAUGUUAAUAAAAACUGUCUGUAUGAAACCUCC